AUGUCUCGGCCAGGGCCAACUGCCCUCCAUGCCGAUCUCCCAGCCAGAGCGUCGCAGCUGUGCGAAAUCGAGAGACAGGGGCAUCUGGAGAUCUGCAUGCGUAUCAUACCCGGCAAAAAGCAAUUCUUGUUUAUGCACCCCCGUCUCCCAUCAUACCUUGAACUGCAAUUGGACGAGCAAGAUCAAGCCAUGAAUUUCGAGGCUGAGGUCCUCUCCCUUUUCGUCUUCGAAAUAUUCACCAAUCAGUACGGCGGAUAG